UAUAUGGAUACAAUAAUGCAUGUUAAUGUUAUAAUAUUAUUGUAUGUGCAUAUGCUGACACGAUAUUAUUCAUAAAAAUAUAUCGUUCGAAGAGAUACACUUACGACUUGCAGAAUGUCAAUGCAGAAUAGUGACAUGAGUACAUCAAGUGAUAGCGAUGGUAAUAUUAAAGCACAAGAUGAAAAAGAUGAAGAUUUUAAAAUCAAUGAAUAUCGGAAAGAAACUGAUAGCGACGAUUCCUAUUGUGAUGUUCCAGAAAUUAAUAAUGAUGAACAUACGGAAGAUAAUCUAAAUAAGGUAGAUGAUCAGCAAGAAAAUGAGUAUGUAGGACCGAUACUUCCUGGAGGUCACAGAUUUGAUAGGAAAUUUAUUUGUGUUAAAUAUCCUGGAAAUGUUAUUAAUCCAGACAAAGCUGUAGAGACUCUAGGUGGCAUACAAAGCAUUUCAACGGCUGUAAAUACUCCAAAUCGACGUUUGGAAUUAAGAUUUCGACCAGAUGAUAUUUAUUGUAAACCAACUUGUGGUGAUAGACAUAAUACUAACGGUUUUCUGCUUAGAGUUAGAAUUAAAAAAUCUAGAGUGAAAAAAGCAGAAGAAGCUGAAGCAAAACCGAAAAAGAAACAGUCACCAACCACAGUAAAUUUAAAUGACUCUUCAACUGAUGACACUGAAAAUACUGAAAAUACUGGAAAUAUUGAAAAUAAUGUUGAUAAAAUAAAUUUACCAGGAUCUCAAGAUAUGUUACAAUGUAAUGACGUAGAAAAUAAUGAUCAACAAAAACAACUUAUGACUGAGCUAAUUGGUCAAGUACAAAGCUGUAGUUUUAAUACGUUAGACGACUCUGCUGGCCCUUCCCACAUAGACUUAUUUUCUGAAAGUAUUAAAGAUUUACAAGAUUUAUCAUUGGAUACAACUGAUACAAAUUUAUCAAAAAGCAAGAAAAAUAUACUACCAACAUUUGAUCAUGACAAAUAUGAGGAUCUUUCUGAAGACAAGGAUUAUGAAUUGCCAAAAUUACAAAUUUUAGGUCGAGUUGACACAGAAUUUAGAUUUAUGAAUCUUUGUGACUUUCAAUACUUGCCUAUGUCUCAGAGCAAAGAAGAUCCUAAAAAAUUAGAAUGUAUAUAUGAUAAGAUUUAUCCAAGCAAUAUACCACAUUAUUCUUGGUUAAAAAAUGAUGUGCCUUACUUCUUGCCACCAGCUGCGUUCAGCAGAAUGGAUACAGUACAGCAAUAUGUACCAAAAACUGAAGUGAAUUCAUAUCCAGAGAAUAUAAUAGGAAAGAGUAGAAAAAGAAAAACUGGAUUCUCGAAUUUUAUUUAUUUUUCGACACCGCAAGUUCCGACUAAACCACCAGCAGGCAUAGAAACGGCUAUGAAAGUCAAGUUUAUUCAAAAUGUACACUUUGAACAGAUUCGUCAAAUUUUUGAAGAACGACCAAUUUGGUCUAAAAAUGCAAUAAUGUUUAAAACUAAAUUUUCUCAUGAACGACUGAAAAUUUUAUUACCCGCAGUAGCAUAUUACUUUGUGACUGGUCCAUGGAAGAUUAUGUGGGUGAAAUUAGGAUACGAUCCAAGAAAAGAUAUUACUGCAAGAAAAUAUCAAACUUUAGAUUAUAGAUUGAAAGCUAUGCAUGGCUUGGGAUCUACUGUAAAAUGCAAAAGAAAUUAUUCAGAUUAUACAUUGCCAUAUAAAUCAACACCAGCUGCCAAACAAAAAACAAUAGUACAAAAUGCAACUUCAAGCCAAGAACAAAGUUCUAAAAAAGAACAAGAUUUAAAUGAAAAUGUGUAUAUUUAUCGGGAAGGAAUGGUACCUCCAUCAAGACAAAUGUUUUAUCAGUAUUGUGACGUUCUUGUAGAUGAAAUACAAGAAAUGUUAGCAAAAUUACCUGAUCCUUUACCUGGUACCAGAUGCCAUGAAAAAAGAGGCUGGUUACCAAGUGGAUUUGACGUGCAAUGUCGAGAAAUUAUUAACAAACAAGUUCGAGCUGUUUUAAGGAAGCAAAUGAACAUACCUGAAGAUCAUCCGACAUCUUUACCUCGAAAACGUAAAUGCGGAAUUAAAUUAAAGCUUAAUAAGCUUAAAGGUAAAAAGAAAAAGAAAAAAAGUAAUUCCAUUUCUAGCGCGGAAGAAAGUGAAGAAAAAUAUGAUCAACUUGAACCCGACGCUAUUACAACGGAAAAUGAGUAAAAAUAUAAACAAAAAUAUAACAUAAAUA